AUGGGUACUAAGGGACGGACUGAUGUUUACACUGUGGAGGAGAAUGGAAAGAAGAUGGCGGACUAUCCGGAGAAAGGACAAGAAGACGCCAAAUGCAAGGACCUGAAAAAGAAGAAGAAGCAGAAAGGAAAGAAAGUUGAUGACCUUAAACAAGAACUUGACCUGGAUGAUCAUAAACUUGAUAUUCAGGAUCUGGAAUCAAAAUAUGAAACAAGUCUUCUGAAAGGUCUCACCCGUGCAAAAGCUGCAGAGAUUCUGGUUCGUGAUGGUCCCAACGAGCUGACACCUCCUAAGGGCACUCCUGAAAUCGUCAAGUUCCUCAAGCAGAUGAUCGGUGGCUUCUCUCUACUGCUAUGGGCUGGUGCAAUCCUCUGCUGGAUCGCAUAUGGCGUCCAGUAUUCCCAGGACAACAACAUCCCCCGGGACAAUCUGUACCUGGGAGUUGUGCUGGCCAUCGUCGUCUUCCUCACCGGCUGCUUCGCCUACUACCAAGAAGCCAAGAGUACCAACAUUAUGGCGAGUUUCAAUAAGAUGAUCCCACAGCAAGCUGUUGUCACCCGAGACGGAGAUAAGCUGGAGGUCCCAGCCACAGAGCUCGUGGUAGGAGAUUUGGUGGAUAUCAAAGGGGGAGACCGGAUUCCAGCAGAUCUCAGGCUCACCUUCGCCCAAGGCUGUAAGGUGGAUAAUUCAUCUCUUACGGGCGAGUCGGAGGCUCAGAGCCGCUCCAAUGAAUAUACACAUGAAAACCCUCUUGAGACUAAGAACAUCGGCUUCUACUCCACCACCUGCAUGGAAGGUAAUGAGCCUCCGGGGGCUGUGUGCGUGACAGGGCAGGCACCUGACACCCCGCAUUACACCGAGGGCGACUUAUCCGUUAUAGGGCACUAA